AUGGCACAAAAAGCACGUAAGGACCGGGCCAAGUCGAACUCGGCUGCCCUCAACAACCUCCACACUGGUUCGCUCAUCGUCAACGCCCUCUUCCUACUCCUGCACUUCAUCUUCAGGUCGCGCUCGCUGGUGCUUUGGGCGAUCCUCUCCCUACCCAGUUUCAUCUGCCAGUUCAUUCUAGAAAGGACCGGCCGCCCCAGCUAUGACGGCAAUACGAAAGCUCUGAAGUCGUCUGGGGAAGACCUGUCAGCUCCGGGCCUGACCGACUUCAUGUUCGAUGUCAUCUGGGUCACUUGGGGCGCUACCAUUCUGGUCGCUUUAUUCGGCAACUGGGCGUGGUUCUUGUGGGCUGUAGUUCCUGCUUACGGGGCCUACAAAGCGUUUGGUAUGAUGGGUGCCGCAAAACAGAUGGCUCAGAUGGGUGCCAACCCGAAUGCUGCCGCAGCUCCCCCCGGAAACCGAAAGCAACGACGGGCAGCAUAG